CAAACAUUUGCGUUUGGCGUUGGCGUAAGACAGACCUUGGAAUUAGUAGGUACUCCGCCUCAAAAUCAAAAGUUGCGGCCACUUUCUCUUAAAAUUGUCCAGUAAGAUUUCCGAGAAAAUUUCUCAACGGUAGUUUCACGGGAACGGUCUGAAGAAAAUUCUCGGAAAUUUCCAAGAACAUUUCCUCACCGUUUCCGUGCAUUCUUGAAAAUUUGGAGAACAGUAGAUGUGGCCGAUAUAUCGAUAUCACGCUGACUUGACUAACAUGACAACACUAGGUAUUCACUCAAAAAGUAAAUGACACUAGGUACUGGUUUGUUGUGCCCUAUCAUUCACCGAGUGCUUUUGUCUAUUUAUUCAUUAACGCAAGAAAUUUCCGAAGAUCUGUAUUUAUUUGUGUGUAUGAUAAUUAAUAUAAGAUGCCCAGUAUUAAGUUACAGUCAUCAGACAAUGAAGUCUUUACAGUAGAUGUAGAGAUUGCAAAAUGUUCAGUGACGAUCAAAACUAUGUUGGAAGACCUUGGCGUGGAAGACGAGGAAGAAGAAGUCGUUCCAUUGCCCAACGUGAAUUCUGCCAUUCUUAAGAAAGUCAUCCAAUGGGCGACUUAUCACAAAGAUGAUCCUCCAUUGCCUGAAGACGACGAGAACAAAGAGAAAAGAACAGAUGACAUAUCUUCAUGGGAUGCUGAUUUUUUGAAAGUAGAUCAAGGCACUUUAUUUGAACUUAUUCUAGCGGCAAAUUACCUAGACAUCAAAGGAUUGUUGGAUGUCACUUGCAAGACUGUAGCUAAUAUGAUCAAAGGGAAAACUCCAGAGGAAAUCCGUAAGACAUUUAACAUAAAAAAUGAUUUCACAGCUGCUGAAGAAGAUCAAGUGCGCAAGGAGAAUGAGUGGUGUGAGGAGAAGUAACUGCAUACUUUAUUUUUUAAAUAUAUAGCUGCUGAUCGAGAAAGACUUUUGUCAUGGUUAAGUCCAAUGAAGGGCUAUAUUCAAUCAUUUAGCAAUAUAAAUUUACUGACUUUAGCAUAUUAGUUAUAUAAAGAUGCAGUGAUGUUUUGAUUUCUCAUUAUUUCUUGGUGUUAUAACUUUUUGCUUGUGACAACAGAAAACCCUCAUCCAAAACAAAACUGGGGCCUUACCCUGUUAAUAAAUUUACCACAUAAGUCAUAAUUUGAAAAUCAAAACUGCCUAAGAUGAAGACAUUGGUUAUGGUUGUUAGAAAAGCAUAACUUAUUGUGGAGAUCUGUAUUAUAAUAGACUAAUUUAUCUAAUACAGGUACCAUCAAAUUGGAUAAGUGUCACAACAAUUGUAAUGGGCAGUGUGAUAUUUCAGAGAUACAUGUUUUAAAAUUACAUUUAACACAUUUUCUUUGUGUAAUAUUUAUUGUUAAACACAAUAAACCGGUCUAACUAUUA